UCACCAGGGCUGCCCCGGAGUUUAAAUCCAGGGAAUGAUGUAACGCAUGCGCAUUUGCACUAUUAUCCACAAUGUGGCUGAACGUUGGCAGAGGUCUCCAACGGUUGAAUCAGCGACAAUGCUGUUUAUUCCCCACAGUGUGUGCACGCCAGCUGUAUAAUAGUGGCACCGAGUUAUCAGACAGCGGCUAUGAUGUGCUCUAUCCCGGGCAUAUCAACACCACCCCUAUCCAGAAAGCCCUGUUGGCUGUGGGUUCGGGUGUGGCAGCUCUCCAAAAUCCCUACAGACAUGACAUGGUUGCAGUUCUUGGUGAGACGACUGGACACCUAGCUUUGAUUAAUCUCCGAGACAGAAUGAGAAACGAUCCUGAAGGAUACACUGUCCUAACAGAGAGGCCAAGGAUCAGGCUGUCUACACUGGAUCUGGACAUGAUGGCCUCCCUGCCUGAUGGCUCUUUCGGGCGAGAGUACCUCCGUUUUCUGGAGGACAAUCAUGUGACCCCUGACUCCAGGGCUGACGUGAAGUUUGUGGACAAUGAGGAGCUGGCGUACGUCAUGCAGAGAUAUAGAGAGGUUCAUGACCUGAUGCAUACUUUACUGGGAAUGCCCACUAACAUGCUGGGUGAAGUGGCAGUGAAGUGGUUCGAAGCCGCUCAGACUGGACUUCCCAUGUGUGCUCUUGGAGCUGUGUUGGGGCCGCUUCGGCUCAAUGCGAGCCGUUUACAGACUCUUUUCACCUCCCUGGGUCCCUGGGCUCUGCAGAAUGGCCGGCGGUCCCGCUGCAUCCUCAGCGUCUUCUACGAGAGACGGUGGGAGCAGAGUCUGGAGGACCUCAGACAGGAGCUCAACAUAGAGCCGCCUCCUGUCAUAGUCAGUGCUACAAACAAGAGGAACAUCUGACAGAGACAAUAAGGGACUCGGAUAUGAGGAAUGAAUGCACAAAAGGACUUUAAAUGGUGGAAAAACAGAAAUACUUGACUAGGGGAGUUUUUAGUAAGAAGGAUGUUGGGGAAGAUUCAAAAUUGGCACAUUUUGGCUCGUCACGUGUUUGUUUAUAUGUCUUUGAAUCAAUUUUCCUUUAAAAUCUGAUUCAUUUUGAGAGAAAUCAUUUUCUCCACUGAAGCUGUCAAACAGCAGGUUGUCUUCAUCAGUCACUGAUUGCUUUUGUUGAUAGGGACUUGGUCUGUUUUCUGUAUGAAACAUUAAUCAAAUUAAAGUAAUUAUAUUUAUUAAGAAGUACUAUUUUUUUUUAUUUGUGUUGUACUUGUCUCAUGCGCUCUGAAAAAUGUAUUUUUUCCUAGGUUUUUUACAUAUAUGGCAAGAUAUUACCAUUUGUGAAACAUUUUCCAAUAUGAAAUCCAAAGUAAUUUAAACGUGAAAUUUAGCAGUGAAAUUAUUGAGAAAAACUAUGUACACCUGUUGUUGAACAGACUUAAAAAUGCGUGGGAGAGGAGCAGAUGUUGGCCUACAGCCCUAUCACCACAGUUGCUGUAGUUUCACUCUUGUUCACAUCUCUCUAAAUAGAUUUACAGCCUUUACCUCUUCUGUUAAUGCUGAUAUUGAGUUUGACGAGAGGUUUAAAUAAAAUCUAGCAGGUGUAAGUUUAA